AUGUCGCGUCAUCAGCCAUGUUCACGAGCCAAACAUCGAGCCAGGCCACUCCCAGAUGAGCGUCCACGGCAGAGUGUUGCGAAUCUCAUUGGCCGAUUUGAGACCCAGACAAAGCGCCUUUCCCUGUCCGCGAGCUCACCUUCGCGCAGUUCCAGCGUCGUGUCCCACAUUACUGGGGAUUCCGCCCGUGAAGAGAUCAAAGAGAAGCGGGAAUGGCCCCCUAAAUCCGUGACCAAUGUCGAGAAGCAACCCCUGCCUAUCGUCCCUCCUCUCUCCUCACGCAUCCCAGCUGCCCUCAGUACCCAAAUCAGCGAUCAAACCAGGAACGUGCCCGACGAACCUGAAGUCCCCCUCACAGCGAAGGCAUUGAACGCGUCACUGCGGCAGGUGCAGCAAGAGCCAAAUACAUUUCUCGAGAACUGGAGGAAGGACUUGCCAUCGUCGACCACUGAAAUGGAACCCGCAGGGGCAGCCCCUGCAGCAUCCGACUCCGAGAAACCGUCGAGUGUCGCAACACCUACAACAGCAUCUGUCCAGAAGUUCGUUUCGCCUGCAACUCCGCGUACACCGGCUGCUAAGACACCUACAACGAAAUCUGCUGCUAGUAAGACGUCGGCGCCUGCUUCCUCGAGGGCGCCCCCCCCUGCAGCUUCCAAGACGCCUGCGAAACCAGCUAUUAAGCCAUCAGCUCCGAAACUAUCGUCGUCUGUAUCGACACCUCAGCCCUUAAAGCCACAGCACACGGGGCAUUCCAUGGCUUCUACCACAACGGCCAGGAAGACAGUACCCAAGACGCCUAUCACACCCAGAGCCAAGACUCCAGCGCAGGCAGUCUCGCGUUCCAAAACCCCAACCUCUGUUACUCGUCCAAAGACACCUUCGUCCGGAUUAUUUGCACCUACGGCUGCAUCCCUUGCCCGUUCCCGCAAUGCGCCCGUUCCAGUAUCGACCCCGGUGAAAAAGACGACCUUAAGCAGCGGUGCGAUGGAUCGUUUGAGCAAACCGACUGCCGCCUCGUUGUCGAAGAGGGCCACACCUGUUACGCCUGCCUCCUCUUCCCGCCCUGCUGCUGCAAGCCCCAGAGCAAGUGUUAUAAAGCCAAGGGUUUCCUCAACAGGUUCUAAGGCAAAGAAGGACUCUUUUGUUCCAAAAGCUGCCACGGGUGCUGCUGUCGCUGCAACCGUAGCCACUGUUGGAGCAGCCGUCGCUGUGUUGGACGAAGACGAGCAAGCAAAGGAAGCGAGUUAUGGGGAGAGCGUCGAGAAUGGGCACGGAGAAGAUGCAAUAACUGAAUCGGCAGGAUCAGUUCAGGAUGUCGCGGAAGAGGCCUAUGAAACUCAGCAAGAGGAAGAGGAGAGCUCGGUGGUUUCUCUAGGUCCUGAGGAUCCCCCCAUCGACGCCGCCAGUGUUUCUUCCGAAGAUAACGAAGCCACACCCCUCUCGCCUUCUCCGCCUCCCGCUGAAGAGGCAAUCGCAGAAGACGCUAAUCGAGAACCCGUUCAAGAACCCAAGGACGACCUUGAGGAUAUUGUCAACCUCCUUGAAUCAGUCUCUAUCAAGCCACCCGUCCCACCUGACAUGUCUGACGGCAUCCUCGAAAUACCUGAUGAGGAUGAGAAGUGA